CCAACUCAGUGAUCAAACCCGUGUCUCUUACGUCUCCUGCACUGGCAGGCAGGCUCUUUUACCACUAGUACCACCUGGGAAGCCCCAAGGUACCAUGUAUUUUAGUUCAAAGGGCCACUUGGACACCAAAUCGUAUAGUUAUGACAGAACAGCAAGUUAGAGCAGAUUUGACAUGAAUUUGUUGAUAUUGUGUACAUAAAAAACCAUAUAUAUAUUUCUUUUCUCUUCCCAUAUUAUACAUACUGUUCUGCAACUUACUUAAAAAAAAAACUUAAUGUAAUGUAGGCAUCUUCAUAUCAUUACUAAGAGCACUUCUUUAUUUCCUCUUUUUUUUUUUUUAUGGUUACUUAGAACUUCAUUGUAUGAGUGAACCAAAUUUUUAUGAGCACUUUAUUGGUGCAAUUUAUGUUAAUUCUUAUAUUUCAUUGCAGCAGAAACCUUGUACAUAUAUGCAUUGACCUUGUCUAAGCAGUAACAUGUGCAGACAGAAAUAAGACAGGAUUUUGUAAGGGACAGGUAGCUUGCUGAUUUACCCACCCAGGCCAGUAGAAUGUUGAUUUAAGUGAUCAGGUAAGGUCCAUUCUGUUCUGGUAACUCUGUAAUAAAAAUACCUAGUGGAGAGGGUUUUGAACUUGGGAAUUGAUAAAAGGACAAUUGCACGGUUCUCUUACAAGAUCUGGUUAUAGUCCAUUACGUUUAAUGUAUGUAAAGCAGAUUUCCACACCUGUGUCUAGUCACGCUUCAGUAAAGAACUGAGGACCACCCUUAUCAGUGUGGUGGGAGCACCUGUUUAUAUUCUGCUUCUUUAUUCAUAUCCAUCAGCAUCUUGCUGCCCUGGGAUGGCUGCUGCUAGCUUCUGAGUCCUUUUUGCUAUGCCUUUGUCUUGGCAGUUGCAACAAGUUCACUCUUUAGUCUCUGCGCCUUUAUGAGCUGGUUUCGAUCUCGAGCUUUGUCUUCUUGUAACGCUCUGCAGAACUCUGAGGUUGGCCAUGACUUGAUGGAGCCCUGGCUGAAACCUUAGGGUGCUGUACCGUUCCUGUCACUGGCAGGGGAGGAGACCCCUUGAAGUCCUCAGUUGGGUAGCAUCACGAUGCCCCCAGGGUGCCACUGUGAAAAUCCCUGGGCAAUAAUCACCUGCUUAAUCACGUCCAAUCCCAGUCAACAGUGAUUACUCCCCUGCCAUGCUCCAGGAGGUUUCCCUAGCUCUUGACUUUGAAGGCCCUACUCUUACCGCUGAAGUCUCUUUCUCGAUUUUACCUGAAGCAUCUUCAUGAGUAUAGCAUUCUCCCAGUGUGGCUUCCUUGAGACACCAAUUCCAUAGCGUGCAGUUUAGUCUCAGAACCGUGUUGACCCCUCCACAUUGUGGGCCCCAAAGAUACACUUGAGCAGCUCUGUUAGUAGUAACUGACUGUGUUGACUUGUUUCCCCCACUUUUUGAUGAAGCUUGGCUCCUUCACCUGUGGUUUUGAGACUUCCCAGUGGCCGUGAAGACCUUGUUGGGAGCCAGCAGCCAGGAGCAGCUUCCCUGCCUCUUCCUGUCCCAGGGCCUCCCUCUGGGACUGCCCACUUGAUUUCCGUGUCUGGUCUGAGAGAUGCCUCUAGCCUCGAAGUCCAGCCAGGACCCACCUGCUCUUGGCCUGGUGACCGAGGAAGACUUCCCUGGCUCGGUCAAAUCUCCACACGUGUCGGUGAACCUUAGGUUCUGUGGGUGGGGUGGCCUUCUGAUUUCUUGGAUCAGAAAAUGCAGUUCUCUUGGAUCUCAAAAUGCAGUGUCCACCACAGACACAUCUUCGGUCCUAGGAAAAAGAAGGCGGCUGCUGAAGAGUGAACUUGGAUCAUUCAUCACAGACUAUUUCCAGGAUCCGUGGUUGGUUGCAUCUGUGAAUAUCAAAGAUCCUGUGAAGCAGAAGACUGACUAUAAAUUAUAUGCAGAUUUUCAAAACCAGCUUCUAGCAAAAGGACUGCUGUUCGUGGAGGAGAAGAUCAAGCUGUGUGAAGGUGAAAAUCGCAUUGAGGUUCUGGCUGAAGUCUGGGACCACUUCUUCACUGAGACUCUCCCCACCCUGCAGGCCAUAUUCUAUCCAGUUCAGGGUCAGGAGCUGACCAUCCGCCAGAUUUCCCUGCUGGGCUUCCGCGACCUGGUGCUGCUGAAGGUGAAGCUGGAGGACUUGCUGCUGCUAGCGCAGCCCCAGCUGCCCUCGUCCAUCGUCCAGAUGUUGCUCAUCCUGCAGAGUGUUCACGAGCCCACAGGCCCAAGUGAGGGUUAUUUGCAGCUGGAGGAGCUGGUGAAGCAGGUGGUUUCUCCUUUCCUUGGCAUCAGCGAGGACCGUGGCCUCUCAGGCCCCACGUACACAUUGGGCUUCCUCCUUCCGGCUCCUCCCUGGAUUCGAACCUCAUGUACUUGGCUUGUCCUUCCCUCGGGAUGCUUAGUCAGCUGUCGCUAUAUGUGCUUUGUGUGGACAGCGAGCACAACCAGGCGCCACUCCAGGGGCCGGCCCAAGGUCACGCUCCUGAACUACGCCUCCCCAAUAACCCCCGUCAGCCGGCCCCUGAACGAGAUGGCCCUGACCCCACUGACGGAGCAAGAGGGGGAGGCCUACCUAGAGAAGUGUGGCAGCGUCCGGCGACACACGGUGGCCAAUGCCCACUCGGACAUCCAGCUGCUGGCCAUGGCCACCAUGAUGCACUCGGGCUUAGGGGAGGAGCCUGGAGGCGAGGACAAGUGCCUGCUGCUGCCACCCAGCUUCCCACCGCCCCACCGGCAGUGCUCCAGCGAGCCCAACAUCACCGACGGUCCCGACGAGCCAGAGCAGGGGGCCACGGGCAGCCAGGAGGACUCGGAGCUGAACUGUGCUUCCCUGAGCUGAACCCCCAUCUCCCAGAACUCCCAGCUGCUGCCUGGCAACCAGGAUGAGGGCAGCUGCAUCCCCAAGGAUCGCCGAGGGGAGCACUUCCUCUGGGCAAUGCCACCUUCUGCCUUUUUGGAUACAGGCUAGUCUGAGUGCCCUAGGGGAAAUCCGUCAUAAGCGUCUCCAUUUUCAGGACGGUGAUCACCUUUUUGCAGCCACACAGAUCUAACUGCCCAAUGUCUGCUCUCUUGCCUGCUUGACUCAACCCAGAUCUUCCUCUCUGGGCUUUUAUUCUCAGAUAAUGGACUGUCCAGUCCUCCUGACUGUAUAUCACAGUGCCCCUGGCGUUCCUAUAGCUGGAGGUCAUCCAAACCACACACAAAGCCAGCAAGGAUGUGCUGGCAUGUGGAGUUCCCCUUGAGCCUUCGUGAUACAGAGGCUGGUGGGUGAAAAGAGGCAGUAGAGAGAGGUACCUCUUGACCCUCUUGUGUGGAGUAAAAGUAGACUGCAGCCCCUCCCAAGCCUGACCAGGAAUGCAUCUUCCAUUUCAGUUUCAGAAUUACUGGCCAAUGAGGGUUCUUCCUCACCUGUACCCAGACCCUUUAUGCUGUCUUUGGCUUUUGGCCCAGGAGGGCCUCGCGGCUAGAGGAACCCCAUCUUUAAUUAAGCUUCAGCAUUCCCUUCCCAAGGCUUUCUCCCCAACUCAAGGAACUAACCUUCCCGGUGGAAUAGCUGGUGCCUUCCUCCCUCUUUCAUUUCAGAAACUGACCCCUUUGCUGUCAUGGGGGAGGGGCCAGCUGAUACCAACCAACUAAUCUGUUCCUGGAUUUGACUUGAAUUUUUUUUAAUGUACAUCAUUUCAAAAAUAAAAUUGCUUGCAAAUA